AUGAAAACAAAGAGCCUGUAUGAGGGUACCGGAGGGACACUUAUUACCUUUGGGAUUAUAAGCAUUUUCUCUGGAAUUUUUGCUUUCUUUCCUGUUUUUUCUUAUAAGCCUUGGUUUGCUGGCUGGAGCGUUCGAAUCGCCUGUCCCAUCUGGAAUGGAACUUUGGUAGGCCACAACAAAAACGUUAGCAGGGAAAAGGCUGUUAUUGCUGGUGUACUUAUCCUUUUGGCUGACAGAGGACAAACACAAAGAUCACUUUGGGAAGCAAGCUUCACCUUUGGCAUAUUGAGCAUCAUGGGCUCCCCAAUUCAAUUUGCUGUUGCAAUUGUCUCCAUCCUGCUUGGUCCAUACUGCUACUAUUCAUUUGCUGGGAUUGCAGGGACUAACUAUCUCGGUUAUGCAGUUUUGUUCCCUUUUCCCUACGAGGAAUUUAUGUCUCUUUGCAAGGACCCACUGCACUACGAGUGGUACCAUCUGAUUCUACAAAUUCUAGACCUUUGCUCAAGUUUUGUCAUGUUUUGUGCUUCUUUGGCUAUUGUGAUCAAGCUCACUGCAAGACUGCUCCAAUUUGGACAUUUAAAUGUGAGUAUUAAUCAUUAUGGGGAAGGUGGAUUACUGCCGGUAACACAGUAGCUGUGACUACCAACUUCCCUUUACUUAGUGGAAUGUCAAACCUGCUCAAGGGUAGGCCAGAUCCUGAACUCACUCACACCAGAUUUACACUUCAAUAACUCAACUGAAGAAAACAGAACUAUUCCAGAUUUAUACCCAUUCAAAUGAGAUAAAUAUGUGGCCCUGUGUAUCCUUUGUGCCCUCAUACUAUUUCAGCUAAACAGGAUAUUCCUUUAGCAUAUGCAACAAGGGCCUGUGAUAUUAGGACCUGAUCCAACACCCACUGAAAUCAAGUGGAGCUUUUUCUUUGAUUUCAAUGGGAGUCAAACCCGUGGAGCAGAAGCUCUUGAAUUCGCUCCUCCUUUAUGACUGUGAAAUUCUGACUGGCUACAGUGUGGGGUAUGGUUAAAAGCUAUGCAGGCACAGACAUGUUACCUGAACAGCAAGGCAAGGUGUCAAAAAUCAUCAUCAUUAAAGGUGUGUGAUCCCUACUCUGUGCGCAGAUUUAUCAGGUACUGUCUCUGAAAAAGCAUGGGAAGACUCAAGGCUAACGUACAGGCAGCACUAGGAGUCAAGCCCAAACUUCUUGGCAGUUAGGAGCUGUCAAGGCUCAAUCCCCACUUUGUCACUCUGAGUGCAGAAAGUGGGGGCCCACAAAGAUUCUAAAAAUUAAUACUUGCCACUCUAGGCUUGUAUUAAACUCCCAAGAUUACACUUUUCUCUAAUCUUGGCUUGGUAAACGCUGCCACCACCCAAAUGCAAAAAAAACCCAACCCUUGAACCCAGGAAGGAGCACUUGGGAAUGCACGCAGUGGGGUACCCUCGAGACCUUUCACCCCCCACCCCUCCAGGGAAAAGCUGAGAAAAAA